UUGUACGCUUAUUAUUAUGGCCGCAUACGAAGUAAUUUCCAAGUUAACUUUUCAGUUGAUCGCUGGAACAGCUGGAGAACGCGAGCGUCUAGAUCGGCAGUCCGAUUCUCGUUCUUAUUCUCGAUUUAAGUCGUUAAUUGCCUAAGUGCUAAGUGCUAAAUGCUCCGCUUUGUGAACUGACCUCAAACACUUGUUGACAUCUCAACAUCGCGAGUUGGGUAAUUCAGUGAAAUUCUCCGGUUCAGCUGGUCUAGUUCAUCUUUUUGGACUAUUUGCUGUUUCCUCUUGUUUUGUGAAGUGCAUCUAAAGCCAGUGAUCUUAAGAUACUUACCGACUUUUCCAUAUACAUUUAUAAGAUUACCGCUCUCGCGUAUCUAAUUCCAACGUGGAGCUUUCCAGCGCCAAUGUUUCCAGUGAACAGCUGAUUGGAGAGCUUUGGGGUUUCUGUCUCUUUUGAGAGCACUGCACUUUGCAGAGAGAUAGAGAGAUAGAGAGUGAGAGAAAGAGAAAGAGGGGAAUGUAGAGCAAGUUUUAUCAGUUUGAAGUACGAUUCACAGAUAAGAAAAAGUCGGCGGAGGGUGUUAAGUCAUUUACACAAUUUAUCGCUUCUUCGCUUUGCGCAAUCGAAUGGAAAAACGGAUUGCAUUGCAUUAUUCCGGAGUGUAGUAGAAACCGGUGAGCACGACAAUCAUGAACAAACUACGGGCUCUAUUGCCCGGUCAACAUUCGUCCUCCAAUGGAGCUUCCCGGCAUUCUGUGACUCUGGAACCGGAGAUCGGAUUCCAGAUCACCAUCGACACCCCCAAAAACGGGGAUCAGAACAAGGGUUCUACGGCUGUGCCGGAGCUCAAUGUCCACCUCAUCGCCGCCCGUCAUCUGCCCUCUCUGUUCGGCUUCAAGAUCGUCCAGGGCUAUUUGAUAAAGGUAAAGCUAUUUCCCGGAACGAAACGCUUGGACAGCAGUAUUCAGACAAACACGUGGCCAAAGUUCAAUGAAAAUUUCAAGUUUCCCUUGGUGCCAGAUAUCAAAUCCUCCAUGAAGCAUGUUACGCGACGCAACACAAAUGGUCAGACAAAUAGCUCCGAUCCGGAGCCAGAACAGCUCUUCUCCGGACAAUUCGUCGUUUUCACCGUGUACGCACUAUUGGAACUUCCGGCCGCAAACUUCAAUCGCUUUAACAAGACAUACCGCUCGCUAAAAGACAGAAGCACCAGCUUUGUCCAACGUUUUGUGGAUCCAACUGCAAAUACUCCAAAUGACCCAAAGACUGAAAAUGGAGGCAAGUCAAAUGACAAAGGAAAGAAAAAGUCUGAGAGCGCAAGGGAUGCGAUGCCAGCGUUGACAAUAAGCGAAUCCCGCAGGAAUAUUGGAUCCGUCACCUGUUACCUGGAAUCCAAGCUCUUUGAACGCAACAGUCGAACGGGUUGUUAUUCGACGGAAGAGCUGUGGCUGCCUAUAAAAGAUAUCACCACAACGGUGGCCAAGUCGUCACCCAGCAACAACAACUUAGUUAACUCUGCCAAGGGCGUGGUUGAGGUGGCCCUCGAAGUACGCGACAUUCUCGAAUCCGAGUCACCUGCGGAUUCACCAAUGCUUCCACCAACGCCCUCGAACACGCCCACUUCGCCAAAUCCACCUCCCAUCCAUUCGACUAACAAUUGGCAAAAGAUGACGGCAGAAGUUAAGCGGAAGAUGGGCAUCAGCAAUGCCGGAAACUCCGACUCCGGUAGAUACCAGCUCCGGGUGACCACAACGCGGAUGCGGUGCUCCAACAAGGUCAAGGACGAACUGGAGGCCACGGCGAGUUCCGGAGUCUAUGUGAAGACCACGGCCUUCGAGCACGGCAUCUACAUAGAUGCAUGGAAGUCCCCCAUCUUCUUUCCCUCACUCUCCACCAAAUGGGACGAUGGAUCCGGCGAGGGAACGAUUGACAUCCCGCUCCAGAGACUCGAUCAGCUGGAGGCCAUUGUCCUGCGGAUCACGUUGGCCACCAAGAAGAUGGGCAAGAAACUGGUCCUCGGCACGGUCAUUAUCGGCGGAGAUCAGGCGGGUGAUACGGGCUCCGAGCAGAUGCGUCUUAUCAGGGAAUCUCCGCCUGGUCAACGGGUGGCCGCCUGGCACUGCUACCAUUAAAUCGAACUCAACUUUAUUUUCUAACACUGUAAAUAGUAAAAAAAAUCUUUAGUUAAUUCAUAUCAAAAUUCCUUUGUGCAUCUGCUCAUAUGUAUUUGCUUU